AUGGCUAAAGAAUCAGUAUUGUCUGUGGUAUUAGUAUUAUUUAUUCAUCUUUCUACAUCAAGUCAUGUGUUCCAUGAGAAGACCAGUAUAACAUUCCGACCGGAAUACGAUGCCGAAUAUUUUGGUUUUUCCAUCAUUUUAAGUCCAGAUGGUCUACUAGUUGGUGCUCCAAAAGCUAAAGAACCCAAAGAGUCCUCGGCGGGAAUCAAAACUGGAAUGGUGUUUAAUUGUUCACUAGUCAACUUGGAUGCGAAGUUUGGAUCUUGUACUGCUGUAAAGCGAUCUGGAAGAUCAGGUAAUGAUAACAUGCUCAAUAGAUUGUUGCCUGGUUUCCUUCGAGAUGACAUGUGGUAUGGAGCGUCUAUGGUGCUGCUACCUGGAGGACGACUUUUGGUUAAUGCCCCAAGAUGGACAUCUCCUUAUGGGACGAAACAUCUAUUGAUGAAUGGUGUAAGUUUACUGCAGACAAGGAGAGGAAACCGACCCUUACAUUGUUUAAAAGAUUAUAAUCAUCAAGCUUACGUCACUCAUGGAAGUAGGCGAGAGUAUGGAGCAUAUGGUACCCACCUGAAUUUCUACGCAUAUGGUCAAGCUGGAAUAUCAGCAGCUAUUAGCAAGAUGAACACGGUUAUACUUGGAGCACCUGGUCUUCUACAAUGGACUGGUGGCGUCAUAAGUCUAUCGUUUUUUCCUAAUGAUACUGGCACCUACACGAACAAGUUGCCUACAAUGAAUCCUUACUUCACCAAGGACUUGGGACCUGAUGAAUAUUUUGGUUACAGCGUCGACUCUGGAAUAUUCGACAGUAGAGGCGAGGUGAUGUAUGUGGCUGGGGCUCCACGAUAUAACAUUGCUAGUGGUCAGGUAAUCAUAUUCGUUCCACCAACAGAAGAGCUUGUAAGCUUAACCAUCAAGGCCAAAAUUAAAGGUCCACAAACCGGCUCGUACUUCGGAGCCAGUGUCUGCUGCACAGAUCUGAAUGGAGAUGGGUUUGAUGAUUUACUAGUUGGAGCACCUACGUAUGUGAAGGAUGAUGGUGGUCUACCUUAUGAUCAAGGAGCUGUUUUUGUGUAUUUGUCUAAAGAAAAGGAUUUUAGUUUCAUUUUAGUAGAAAGUGGUAUUGUGACAGGAUCUGGCACUAAUGGAGCAUGGUUUGGACUGACAAUUGCUGAUCUUGGAGACAUUGAUGGCAAUGGAUUUAAAGACGUAGCCAUUGGAGCACCAUGGGAAGAUGACGGCAUCGGAGCGGUUUAUAUUUAUAGAGGAUGUUCAAAAGGGCUUUGUACAGAUAACGUACAACGAAUACAGACAAAGUCGGCUAGAGGUUUUGGAUGGUCAAUAUCUAAAGGCGUUGAUAUUGACCAGAAUAAUUGUAGCGAUCUAGCCAUUGGAGCUCACAAUAGUCAAACGGUAUAUGUCUACCGAGGUAUUCCUACAAUCAAAGUGCACGCAUCAAUCAAGGUUCCUAAUGCAAUAAACCUGCCGUACAAUACUACAAGUUUCCAAGCAGAAUUCUGUGUAUCAUCUCCUUCUAUGGAACUUUGGCCUCAAGUAGAACUUAAUAUUAUUGCGAACAUUGAAGCUGAUUUUGAAUCGAACAGAGCCAUGAUAUCAGGAGAUGCUAAAUAUAACGUCCGUGUAACACCAGGCAUUGAAACUUGCGACGUUCAAGAAAUUGAAGUAAACCCAACUGCUGAUUUAUCGAAGCCAAUCAAAUUGGUGUUCCAACUAGAACCUGAUGAAUUGAUGAAAGACGAUUCGAAUACAUUUUUGAUGAAUGCUGCAAGAUUAUCAGAAGAGUCGAUUUUGGAGACUUCGUUUCUCAUUCAACUAAUGAGGGACUGUGGUGAAGACCUGAUUUGCACUCCUUGGCUAGACUUGACAUUAGAAGCUUUGAAUAAUCCCUAUGUGCCAGGAAGCAACGGAACUCUAGGAGCAAGAAUAACAAUAGUGAACGAAGAAGAACCAGCAUACGCUGCUAAAGUCAACAUUUCCCUACCAAUAUCACCUAAAAGAAUACCUAGCGAAUGUUCCUUAGAAUUUCAACGAAUGACCUGUGAUGUCCCUUCACCUUUGCUUAGAGGUGAAAAGAUUGUUUGGGAUAUUGAACUAGAUUAUGAAAUGAAUUAUGAUGCGAAUGAUACGAGAGACACUCUAUUUGGCAUUAGAGUUGAAUUAAGUGAUCCACUGUACAGACAUGUUACUGACGAUAAUGUCACUGAUUUGUUUAUCAGUGUUGAACAUGAAGCUGAUUUCAGUGUUAGUGGAAAAGCAAUGCCAAAUGCAACGCUAUCGAUUCCAAGAGAUAGUUUAGCAGCUGGAUCAAACUUUACAUUUAAACAUUACUUUCAGAUUACAAAUCUUGGUCCAUCUGAUACAUCUGCUUUAGAAGUUUAUAUUACAAUACCAGAUAAAACAACCUUUUCCACCAACAUCAGUGGUUGUGUACCGACUGAGGCGCCUAAUCAAUGGAUGUAUAUCUGGUCGGUACCAGCGAAAGUGUCCCAUCCGGUUUAUGUUCCUCUGCAAAUAGAUCUUAGUAAAGAAGGGAAUUACCUUUUAGAGAAUACUACUUAUAACGCUACUACUAAAGUUACUGUUCUCUUCAAAAAGAAAGCUACCAAUUACGAGGUGACAACCCGAUUGAUUCUGGAGCCUGAAAGUAUAACUUGGAAAUUAAUAUUGAUUUGUGUGCUUCUCGGCCUGUUAGUGCUUGCCGUGAUAGUGACAAUACUAUACAAACGAGGAUUCUUCCAGAGAACAACUCAUAGAAUGCUACAAGAACAGAAGAACAAUCAGAGAUUGCUGCAAGAAAGUGACUCUUCAUCAGGACAGAUGGAAGAAGAACACGAUGUACCGUUAGAUGAUUCUGAUGAAGAAUUAUAA